AGUUUGUGUAAGUACCCACUCUACGCCAUUUUUCACCCCGUCUAACAGUUCUUGGUAUAAGUAGUCGCAAUUUAUUGAAAGCCAUUCUGUUCAUCGCCACUUCUAUUUUUCUAAUAUUCAUCUUCAUUGUGAUGAUUAUCAUUUUUUUCCAUCGAUAUUGAUUUCGAGUGUCUUACAGGUUGAUUAUGAUAUCAUUUAGCCGUUGAUUUCAUUUCGUGGAUAGCAACUAGAGUAGCUCACUCCUGGAGGCGAGGUGCGUUGCUAUGCACACAAACAUAAUAGAGAGCUGGACGUCGACGCGCAUCGGAGAAGACGCUGGAGAAGCACAGACUUUGAUCUCGAACAGAGCACUGGACUACUUCAAUAUUAUAACCGCUAAGUUCCGACGACAUGGCUUCCCCCAAAAGCAAGAGCAAACCAGUGCUGAACAGCAGCGCGUCUCCCCUCUUCGGACUUGCGGUGCCACUGCUGUCGGAGAGUACAGCUGGAGAAGGUGGUGACAGGACUUUCACAGGAGAGAGUGGAGAAGCCAUUGGGAGUAGGGCGGGUGCCAUUGGGAGUAGGGCAGGUGCCAUUGGGAGUAGGGCAGGUGCCAUUGGGAGUAGGGCGGGUGCCAAUGGGCGGAGUAGAGAAGACCACGGGGGCUGCCAAAGUAGUCCGGCUUCUUUCACCGCAAUAGGAGUGAGCGAACACCCUAGUUCAUCAUCAAAAGCAGAGCUGUCUGAAACAGCGAGUACAAUUGGCGACGCCGCUCAGAGAAUUGGCGACGUCGCUCUAAGAAUUGGAGAUGAAGUAGACGGCCUAGCAGCUCCGAGAGCUGAGUCAAAUGAACAAAAUAUGCGUAUGACUAUCGCAACAGAGGAGACGAGUCCCGCAACAGAAAACAUUUCGGAUGGACAAGAUGCUGUCACACUUUCAGCAGUGUCAACUACACCUAUAAAAGCACAGUCGGGCUCGAGGGAGGGUGACGGAUCUCCUACAACUGCUAACGGAUCUUUUCUAGGUGCUAACGGAUCUUUUCUAGGUGCUAACGGAUCUUUUCUAGGGGCUAGCGGAUCUUCUCUAGGUGCUAGCGGAUCUUCUCUAGGUGCUAGCGGAUCUCCCACCAGAGGUGCUAGCAAUAUUAAGGUUUCUCGAGUGGUUGACGUGUCGUCCUCGUCGUCCGAAGAGGAGUUGGGACGCGAGGAGGAGCUCGAAAAUGAGUGGGAAGAGGCUACUAGUACGAUGAUUUCCGAUUUUGUUUGUUCUCCCGUUUUUUUGUUCGUAGUCGCGUUCUACAUCUGCGGCAUCGCAAUGUACACCUUCACCGCGGCUGAGGAUUGGGCGGAUAACUAUUUCCCGGAGGAAGGUGGGAAACCCGAGCUCCUGGACUGCAUCAUCCAGGGAGCCUAUUUCGCGACGCAAGUGGUCACGACAAUAGGAUUUGGAGAUGUCACUCCUAAGACGGACUGGCUUAGAACGCUAAACACCUUCUACGUGUUAGCCGGUGUGGGAGUGACGGCGAACUUAGUGGUCCGAUUCAUCCAAAGCAAUUUGCACAGCACGUUAGAAAGGGAUUCGCAAAUACGUUUUAAAACGACUUUGGCAAAAGUUGGCGGCGGAAGUGAGUACAAAGAAGUGGACCACGCAGAAGGAGGACAACGUGACCAUACUCGUCCUUCGGGCAGUGACAUUAAGGGGGCUUCAGGUAAUCCAUCUUCAGCUAAUCCAUCUCGGGACCUUCCUCUAAGGGAAACGCAAGCGGAGGAUGACACUCAAGAUGGAUUCCAGGAAGCUCUAAUGACAGAAGUAAUGGCAAGAAUGGGAGAAGACAGAACACAAAAACAGCAACAGCGAGUGAGAUGGAACACCGAAACCAACAAGAACUUUUGCACGCCACAGGGCUCAUCGCCUUUCCAGUUGUAUUUGGCGGUGCUGUCUAUGGCUAUUGCCUCAACUGGUCCCCCAUGAAAAGCAUGCAUUGGGCGAUGGUCGCCUCUAGCUCUAUCGGCUUUGGCGACGCGAAUAUUGGAGACCGAUGGCUACGCCUUUUCUCCUGUUUCUUUUUGAUUAUCGCAGUAGCAAUGUUUGGUGUCGGCGUAAGCAAGUUCUCGAAUAUAAUUCUCACGCAGCAGCUCGUAGGUCCGGACGGAGAAUUCUUAGCCAAAAUGACUUUGGAAGACGCUCUAAAAUUCGAUCGCGAUGGCGAUAAGCAAGUGGACAAAUUCGAGUUCGCAGUUGGGGUGUUGCUAGCCUGCGGAAAAACGACGCAAGAAGAGUUCGAUGCGAUUCGGGAACGGUUCGAGGAGUUUGAUUUGGAUGGCAAUGGUGUGUUGAAUAGCACAGACUUGCGUUUGGCUAGGCAGCGUCGCCUUCGCACGUCGCGGUCUCUGUCUCAGUGGGGUGCGCCUUCUUUUCGGGCAAGCUUUAAUCUGGGAACCUCGUUUCGCCGAAGCUUUUCCGGUUCUGCGUAAUGGUUCUAUGAGGACGAACAUGCUGGAGACUCAGAAUGGGAUGAAUCAUGUUGAGCAAAUAGGGGUGGGCUAGGCAUGCACACGAACACGUUUUGAGAAACCAAACAUGAGGACUGCAGCAGGCGUUGUUUUGCCCAUUUAUUUCCAUGGUGCUGAAAUAUCCCUAGGUCGUGGAUAUUCAGCUUCGUCGUGGAUAUUCAGCCUCAGAGGUAGUGGACGAUUGCCUACCCACCUUCGUAGUGGAUUCUUGCGAUAUCUCUAUGCUGACAUUCUUGUGUACAACUAUUGCGAUAUGGAAGGUUGAUUGCGACACGGGUCGAUUGAGAAGCGCGUAUUUAAGCUUUGGGGUCCAGGAGCACUAGUCGGUCCACUAGUAGGAGGCGACGGCAAAUAUCGAAGAGGCAACCAAAGGUCCCCGUCAGCUUUCUAGUAAGUACUUUGGAUCAAGUGAACUUCUUUUAGUGAGAUCAUGCAUAGACCUUGCCUUUUGGCAUAGACCUUUUUUUAUGGCACAGCAGCAUCACGAAAUAGGUGAGAACGCAAGUAAGUACCUAUGUAUCCACAACGAAUGGUGA